UCCCGGCCCCUUUUCUGGACAACCUAACUUGGUUUCGGUACGAUCCUUGUUGCUUUGAAGAGUGAAUCAGCCGGCACAUGCGUGGACCGGAGAGAAGUCCUUGACUCAGAGCUGAGAUCGUGUCUCCUGGCAAGAGGACCCAGAAGACUGGUCCCCCGGAGAAGCAGCCGCUCCCUGACCUGCAGCUGGCCUGGCCCAGAGACAGCCCUUCAGGAAGUACAAGGAAAGAGAGGACAUGUUACACCUGGAACACUCCUGCUUGUUUUUCAGGAGCUGGCUGGCUCUGACAGUCGGUGUGCUUCUGGAUUUGAAGCUCUCAGCUUGCAGCAGUCUAUCUGGUUCCCGUCCAAAUAUCCUUCUUCUGAUGGCAGACGAUCUCGGCAUCGGAGAUGUCGGCUGCUAUGGCAACAACACCAUAAGGACUCCGAACAUUGAUGGCCUUGCCGCGGAUGGCUUGAUGCUCACGCAGCACAUUGCUGCUGCUUCUGUGUGCACACCAAGCAGAGCUGCUUUCCUAACAGGCAGAUACCCUCUCCGAUCAGGUAUGGUGUCCAGUAAUGGUUAUCGUGUUCUUCAGUGGACCGGCGUAUCUGGAGGACUUCCACCAAAUGAAACAACUUUUGCAAAAAUAUUGAAAGAUAAAGGCUAUGCCACUGGACUUAUAGGAAAAUGGCAUCUGGGUCUCAACUGUGAAUCCUCCAAUGAUUACUGCCACCACCCGCUCAGCCAUGGCUUUGACCAUUUCUACGGAAUGCCGUUUUCCAUGAUGGGAGACUGUGAGCCCUGGGAAAUGUCUGAAAAGCGCGCAGGCUUGGAGCAUAAACUCAACGUCUGCUCGCAUGUCAUGGCGUUGGCCGCCUUUACGCUCGCCGUUGGGAAACUCACCCGCCUGAUAGCGGGCUCCUGGACGCUGGUCAUCUGCUCAGCCAUCGUGGCCCUCCUGUUCUUCACGACCUCCUAUUUCGUGGGUGCCCUGAUCGUUCACGCGGACUGCUUUCUGAUGCGAAACCAGUCCAUCACCGAGCAACCCAUGUGCCUUCAAAGGACGAUGGCUCUUAUGCUCAAGGAGGUCUCAUCCUUUGUCCAAAGAAACAAGCAAGGACCUUUCCUCCUCUUCGUGUCCUUUCUACAUGUGCACACCCCCCUUAUCACUACCGAGAACUUCCGAGGGAGAAGUCCCCAUGGGCUGUACGGGGACAACAUAGAAGAGAUGGAUUGGAUGGUGGGGCAGAUCCUUGAUACUUUGGACACGGAAGGUUUGACCAAUAGUACCCUCGUUUAUUUUACGUCGGAUCACGGGGGAUCCUUAGAGGCUCAGUUUGGAAACAAUCAAUAUGGUGGCUGGAAUGGGAUAUAUAAAGGUGGCAAAGGCAUGGGCGGCUGGGAAGGUGGGAUCCGGGUCCCGGGGAUACUCCGGUGGCCCGGGGUGCUGCCCGCUGGCCGCGUGAUCCAUGAGCCCACCAGCCUGAUGGAUGUCUUCCCCACUGUGGUCCAGCUGGGGGGUGGCCAGGUGCCCCAUGACAGGGUGAUUGACGGCCGGGACCUGCUGCCCUUGCUGCUGGGGACAGCCCAGCACUCGGGCCACGAGUUCCUGAUGCAUUACUGCGAGAGCUUUCUGCACGCAGCCCGGUGGCAGCAAUGGAACAGAGGGGCAGUGUGGAAAGUCCACUACGUGACCCCGAUGUUCCACCCAGACGGAGCCGGUGCCUGCUACGGGAGCGGGGUCUGCCCAUGCUCUGGGGACAAAGUAGCCCAUCAUGACCCACCGUUGCUGUUUGACCUCUCGAGAGACCCUUCCGAGGCUCACGCCCUCACGCCAGACACGGAGUCCUCAUUCCAUCAGGUGGUGGAGAGGAUCACAAAGGCCGUGGAGGACCAUCGCCGGACGCUCAGCCCGGUUCCACUGCAGCUGGACAUGCCGAACAACAUCUGGAAGCCAUGGCUCCAGCCCUGCUGUGGUCGGUUCCCCCUCUGCUGGUGCGACCGGGAAGCUGACCCAUAAUAGCCGCCCGCCCGCGAAAACUAGGUCCCUGCUCCCUGGAGAUCGUCGUUGGGGUCAAAAUAAAAUGGCCUGACGUCAAGCUGUCUGCUUGUGUGGGGCUGAAUCGUUUCACCAGCUCUAAGGAGAAAGUGUUACCGAACUCAGGUUCAGCUUCUCGCCGCUCAGGAAUACAGUACUAAAUUGGUGCGAAUGAACUUAUGUACGAAACAGAAAUAGAGUCACAGACACAGAAAACAAUCUUAUGGUUACCGGGGGGAAAGGGGGUGGAGGGAUAAAUUGGGAGAUUGGGAUCAACAUAUACACACCACUAUAUAUAAAAUAGAUAACUAAUAAAGACCUGCUGUAGAGCACAGGGAACUCUACUCAAUACUCUGUAAUAACCUAUAUGGGAAAAGAAUCUUAAAAAGAGUGGAUAUAUGUAUAUGUAUAACUGACUCACUUUGCUGUACACCUGAAACUAACACAGCAUUGUAAAUUAACUAUAUUCCAAUUUAAAAAGUUAAAUUAUUUUAAAAAAAAGAAUCAAUACUGACAGACAAGUGUUGGGUGAAAAGAAAGAUAGCUUUAUUGAGGAAGCCAUCAAUCCUGGGGAGAAGGGGGAUUCAUGUCCCAAAGAAUCAACUCCCAACCCCCCAAGUUUUGCUCGGAGAUUAUACAGGGGAAAGAAGAAAAGUGUUACGUGCUGAGGAGAGGGAUUGUGGGUGUAUGAUCAGCUUGUGGGCAUUCUUCUGAUUGGCUGCUGGUGAGGUAAUCGGGAGCCCACAUCCUCAACCAUCUGAUUCCAGCCGAUUUGGGGUCUACAUGCUUGUGGGCAGCAUGCAGUUAGCUUCUUCCACCUGGUGGGGAUUUCAGGGUCUGCAAAACAGCUCAAAGGAUAUGGCUCAGAAUACGAUCUACAGCCCUUGAGGAGGAACUAAAGGUCGUUGACUGUGUUUAAUGGCUCAACUAUUAUUAUUUUCUCUUGUUUAACUAUUUUCCUUUGUUUCUGUAUUUUCUCAUUUCCCUGAUUAAAUUUUUUCUUUGGCUAAA